UUUACUAACAAAAUUUUUAAUAUUUCACGCUUACGCUUAAUAAAAUGAAUUAUAGGGCAGUAAAUUUAUAGCCCUCGCAGAUUAUGUCGCAGUGGGACACUCUGAAGUCUCAAUGCGCGAAGGCGAGAUUAUUGAGCUGCUUAAGGUGGGCUGUGCUGGUUGGUGGUUUGUGCGUGUUAUAGAUUCUAAUACAGAAGGUUGGACCCCAGCGGCAUAUUUGGAAUCGAUCAAUAGAAGAUCUUCUCAGUCAUCGAGUCGGAAUCAAGAGCGAAUAAAUCCGUAAAAAUCAAACGAAUAAAAUUAUAAAAAUUGUAA